AUGCAAUUGACUCCAACAUCCACACCCACGAAAAAGAGAACUAUUCGAGAUAUCUCAAACACAUUCCAUGACAUUGAUGCCGAACUACCUUUAACUCCAACAAAAACGCCCAACAAAAAACAAGUAUUUAAUUUUAGUACUCAGCAAGAUGGUGAACCUUCAUGUAAAAGGAAGUUGGUUUUUACUCCCACAACACCAUCAUCAUCACCAGUUAAACCACCAUUGACACCCAAGUCAUCCACAUUUAGAAAGACUUCGAUAUAUUCCCAAGCUAAAGCAUUGUUUCAGAGAGGUAGUAAAAACGAAAGAACAAACGACAAUUUACAAUUACCAAGUCGAGAGGAGGAGGCCAGUCUUAUCAAUAAUUUCAUUUUAAAGAAUUUGGAAACUACUCAAUCAAAUAGUUUAUAUAUUUCAGGACCACCGGGUACUGGUAAGACAGCCCAGGUAAAUUUGAGCUUAUCCAAGUAUGAAUCCGACAAAAGAGUGAAAAUUGUACGAAUCAAUUGUAUGACUUUGAGGAAUCCUGAACUGAUUUUCCAUGAAAUUUAUGCAUCUUUGGUUAAUCAAAUUAGUAUAUCAUUCACCAAAAAGAAGACUUAUGAUGAUUUUUAUCAAGUUGUCGAUAGCUGCAACGAGUUUAAACACAUUGUGUUAUUUCUCGAUGAAUUAGAUUCAUUGUUGACUAAUAAUCAACAAGUAUUGUUCAAAUUGUUUCAAUUGUCAAGCUCACAAUGUAAAGUAAGCACUCGAACCAAGAUAAUAUUAAUUGGAAUUUCAAACACACUUGAUUUGAACAACAAGUUUCUUCCCAAAUUGUUUACCAAUAAUAUGAUUCCGGAAUCAGUACAAUUUUUGCCAUAUUCAGCAGCACAAAUAAAAUCAAUCAUAUUGGCCAAAGUAGCCGAUUUUCCCACAACCAUUUUCCAUCCUAUGGCCUUGCAAUUUUGCUGUCAGAAAGCAGCUUCAAUUUCAGGAGAUUUACGAAAAGCAUUUGAUAUUUGCUAUAAAAGCAUUGAGCUUGUAGAAAUGGAGCAAAGAGGUGAAAGUAUAGACAAAUCCAUUGUUAAACCAGUUUUGAUAUCGCAUGUUGCCAAAGUAUGUGCUGAUUCAUUUAGUACUAAAAUGGCAUUAUCAUCACUUAGUGUGUUGCAUAAGUCAAUCUUGUGUCAAUUGUUUAAUUUUCAAUUGAUCAAACCAGAUGGGAUUACAGUCACAAUGUUUUUUGAUUACUACCAGAAGCAACAACAGGAUCACCAAAUGCUGCUGAACUUGUUGGGCGGUGUCAAGUCUAGUGAGUUUUUGGAGAUAUUGACGAUGUUGGAGAGUAACAAUUGCGUUGUAAUGGAGUCUCUGGGACAUAAAAACAAUAAUCAUGAUAAUAGUAAAAAAGUGAUUAAACUAAACGUUGACUACGAUGAAUUGGUGAAAUCAAUUGAAGGUAUCGGGUUCUUGAAGAAAAUGUUGAAACAUUCAAGAGGUGCCUUGUAA